AGCCGGUCAUCAUAUGUUGGACAAUCCUCCUCUCCCAAUGAAUAUUUUCUAUCUCCUUCACUUGCUCUUGUUUAACCCUGCGAAUUCCUCAUACAAACCUCAAUCACGUAUGAUUGUGUGUGUAGAGAGAGAGAGAGAGAGAGAGAGAGAGAGAGAGACUAUUACACCCUAUUCACUGGCUCACUGUCUGUGUGAAUCUGUUUGAGUUACAACAUUCCUUCAACAGCUUCGUAAGGAUUCAGUGUUCUCGCUGUACCUGACCUUUAAAUUACAACUCGUUUUGAACAAAAUAAGAAAUUUCGACGUGAACAACAAUGCAAUGAACUCUUUCGGAAGUAUUAUGAAGAGCUGAAAAAUAAUCAAGAGAGCCCAGUUGUUCCGUGAAGUUGUGCGUGCGUCACUUAAGCCUAGAGCCUGAGAACGCGCUUUCUUGUCACGGACUCCAUUUAUUAUCCGGAUUCAUGUAAAGUUAUCUGGAAUGAACUAGAAAUGUGGAUCAUGUAGUAGUCGCUUGAAAUAGGAAUUACGCGUCUGCUGUCUUCGUACCUGGAAUACCUGCGUGACAGGUUACCCAUGUUAACAUUGGACGUCUUUUUAAAUGUUGUUUUUUAUUUAUUGUUGUUAUUAUCUAUGUGUUUUUAUGUGUUGCUUCUAAUAUGGAGAACGGAAAAUGUGCUUUAUGUUAUCGUGUGUGAGACUCACAGCCGUCUGGGUAGAUAAUCUGAGAAGAGGAUGAGAUAUCAGUUCCAAUGCACAGGAUCCUCUGGAUGUUUCGCAAGUAAUCGGAAUGAGAUCGGGCUAAUUUUGCGCAGAGAAUACAGUUUUGUUUAUUUAUUAUUCCCAUUUUUUGCGUUAACGGCUGCAAUCGUCAAAAAGCUCGUUUAGCUGAAUACUCGAGAUGGCCGCGAUCGCCAGUUCUCUGAUCCGACAAAAACGCCAGGCGCGGGAAUCCAACAGCGAUCGGGUAUCUACCUCUAAACGCCGACCCAGUCCCAGCAAAGACCCCCGCUCUCUCUGCAAGCGACAUUUCCUGGGGGUCUUCAGUAAAGUCCGUUUCUGCAGCGGCAAGAAAAUACCUGUUCGCCGGCGACCAGAUGCGCCCUCGAAACCUCCACAGGUGUCCCGUAAGGGCAUCAGGCUAGAGCCGCAGCUGAAAGGCAUUGUGACACGACUGUUCAGCCAGCAGGGUUUUUACCUGCAGAUGCAGCCAGAUGGAACCAUCGAUGGCAUCAAGGAUGAGAACAGCGACUACACUCUUUUCAACCUCAUCCCUGUCGGCUUAAGGGUGGUGGCCAUUCAGGGAGUCAAAGCAGGUUUCUACAUUGGCAUGAAUGCAGAGGGCUUCCUCUACAGCUCAGAGAUGUUCACACCUGAAUGUAAAUUCAAGGAGUCUGUGUUUGAGAACUACUACGUGAUCUACUCAUCCACCAUGUACCGUCAACAGGAGUCAGGUCGAGCCUGGUUCCUGGGCCUCACCAAGGAGGGUCAGGUCAUGAAAGGCAACCGAGUAAAGAAAACCAAGCCCUCUUCACACUUUGUACCAAGACCCAUUGAAGUUUGCAUGUACAGAGAACCUUCACUGCAUGAGAUUGAAGAGAAGCAACGCUCCAGGAAAAGCUCAGGAACCCCAACAAUGAACGGAGGCAAAGUGGUCAACCAGAACUCCACAUAGCAGGGCCCAAAUGCAGGAGGCUACUGAGAGAGAGUAGCCCUUUCCCCUUGCCCUUACGCCUCCAACCACAGGAAUAGUACAACACACUACAAUAAGAUGAAAACUGAACUCUUGCCUGAGAAAACUUUUAGAAGAACACGGGGGGAAAUAAGUGUUACCGUUCCAAUCAGGAACUGAACUCACAUUUUAUGCAAAAAAAAAACAACAACAACAACAAAAAAACAAGUUAAUUGAACAGUCAUUUGAUUGACAACAAAAGGAAUAAUAUUUGGGGUUCAUGUUGUGAGAGAUAGUCUAUGCUUUGCUGUUAUCAAGAGAAUUGGGAAUAUUUCUCUUUACUCAGUGUCAUUACAAUUGUUUCUUUUUGUAAAUAUUAUGCAGAUUUGACCAGAUGUCUUGGCUUAUUAUUUAUUUAUUUAUGUAUAUUUUGGUAUUACCUGAGAGGUAAAGGUAAUUGCACUUUGUGAAUCCAAAUUCUUGGUACAUCAGGAGGGUUAAUGUAGGAUGUAUGUGCAGUUAUUGCAGAAGCUUUUUGGAUCCUAGAGCAUGCCUCUGCUUAUCCAUUUUGGUAUGAGGUAAUAUCCACUUUUAACAGUUCUUCAAAAAUCUUGUUUGCCUCGAUGCACAUGUCCAGCACAAGUACACUGCAUGUGUAUACGCUCAACACCCCCAAACUGCAACUUGGUUUCAACUGGAGUGUGACACUAUGUUACAAUGGACAGCUAUAAGUAAUAAUAAGGAUAGGAUUCCUUUGUCCUAAAAGUGUGAUACUGACACCAACCCUUUCCAGUCCAAAGCACAAAGAAGUCUGGUUUCCAGGAAGUCUUCUGGACAGGGUUGGUGGAUUGUGGACUAGCAGGAGUUUGUCCAACUCUAUCUCACAACCAAUUCGUAUAUAUUUCGUUCGAAUUUGUACAACCUCACUUGGAAGAUUUUGUAUGAUGUGUCUAGUCCCAAGUGAUGGUAGGUUUUGGGGAGGGGUUAGGUGUAGGUCAUUUGUACGAAUUCAUACAAAUUGUGAAACUCGUAAAAUGUACGAAUUGCCUUGAGAUCAGGCUGGUUUGUCAUUCAUAAGUCUUCCAAUAAAUAUUGCAUGACAGCUGUGCCCAAGUAUGUAACAAUGAGGUGCAACAAAACAAAGAGAGUUGAAAUGCAUAAGUCCUCAGAAAGUGUGUUUAUAGUUGAGGAAUGAUCAAAUGGAUAGAACGUGUAAGGGAUAAAGAGUGUAAAAACAGGCACAGAAUGCAACAAUUGUCCACAUAAACUGGGUUUUGCUCUGUACAAGCAAAAUUCUUCAUUUUUCAUGUUUUGUUUUGAAACACUAUCAUAUAUGCAUUAUGAAUGAUGAGAUAAAUAAAAUAUGCAUUGAUAUUAUAAAGCAAUGAAAUUAGGAUUGUUUAAAAAUAAAAAUACGUAAAGCUUU